AUGCAACAGCUACUUGAUUACGCCGCGAUCCUUGCCUUUGUGGUGGUUUAUUUUAUCACCCGGGACAUUUUCCUGGCCACCGCGGUGCUGAUGGGUGGCGUCACCCUGCAGGUUGUGGGCUAUCUGCUGAUGAAAAAACCCAUUGGCAAUGAGCUGAAAGUGACCUUUGUAGCCAGCAUGUUGCUCGGUGGGAUGACACUGAUUCUACGCGACGAAACCUUUAUUCAAUGGAAACCCAGCAUCGUCAACGCCAUUCUGGCGCUGACACUGGUGGGUGGCCACCUGAUCGGCAAGACCUUUUUCAUCAAGAAAAUGCUCGGCCAGGUCCUCCAUCUGCCUGACAGUGCCUGGUUUACCCUGACUUACGGCUGGGCAUUGGGCUUCACCCUCGCCGGUGCGCUGAAUUUGUGGGUGGCUUAUAACUUCGACAUGGAUACCUGGGUGACUUUUCGCUUCGCUGGACUGCUGAUGAUCAACAUCAGCAUGUUGAUCGCCACCUUCACCUAUCUGUACGCUAAAGGUCUGCUUAAUGAAGACAAUCUGCCGGACCCGAAAGCCCGUACCGUCUAUAUCUCUGAUGAACUGACCGUGCCGUUACGCAGCGGACCAUCAAGCGGACACCGGAUCCUGCACCGCGGUUUACCCAGCGGCACCCAGAUGGAAGUACUGGAAGUUGAUGAAGGCGCCGGCUUCAGCCGCAUCAGAACCAGCCGCGGCACCGAAGGUUGGAUCCGCAGCCAGUAUCUGGUCAGCGAACCCAUCGCAAAACUGAAACUGGCCGCGGCACAACGCGCCAUGAACAAUGCCCAGGCCGCUCUGGCAGCUGAACAGGCUAAAGUAAAAGAAUUGACCGCCAGCAACCGUGAACGCGGCAGCACCAAUUCAGCCUACGAAAAGCGCAUCGCUGAGCUGGAAACCGAGUUAGCUGAAAUCACACGCAUCUCCGCUGGCGCGAUAGAAACCAACGCAGAAAACAUCAAACUGCAGGAAGUGAACGCCCGUCUGCAGGAUGAACUGGAUGACAUCGCCCAGAGCCGCGCUCAGCUGGAGGACAAUACCUUUAACGAAGCCCUGAUGAUUGGCGGAGGCCUGUUGUUUCUCGGCCUGAUCGCCAAUCCGAUGACAGUACUGAGCGUCAACCUGAACAAAAUCGCGCUUUUACGCAACGCCCGGGAAGGCGCAAGGCCCAGUGUGGUUGAAGCCGCAAGAGUAGCCCUGGCAGCGGGUGCAAAAGGCAUUACGGUGCAUCCCCGACCUGACCAGCGACACAUACGCACCACUGACGUGUAUGCCCUGGCUGAGCUGCUGGCCAGCGAAUAUCCGGGCAUUGAAUUCAAUAUUGAAGGCAACCCCAUGGCGAAUGCCAAUGCGGGCGGUUAUCCUGGCCUGGAUGCACUGAUAGAGAGGACCAGACCCGCGCAGGCGACUCUGGUGCCCGACAGCGACAACCAGCUCACUUCGGACCACGGCUGGAACCUGACCACAUUCAACAGCAAAUUGGCGGACAAAAUCGCGCUGUACCAGUCUUAUGGUGCGCGUGUCAGCCUGUUUAUGGAUCCCGAUAUCCCGCAGAUUCAGCAGGCCCAGGCACAUGGUGCGCAGCGUAUUGAGCUGUAUACGGGUCCAUUUGCUGACCUGUACAGCGAACACGGCGCAGACAGUGAGGCGGUACAGAACAGCUUUCAGAGUUAUCUCGGCGCCGCCCGCUAUGCCAAUCAGAUUGGCCUCGGCGUCAACGCAGGCCAUGAUCUGGACUUACACAAUCUGACGCUGUUCAAACAGAUUACCGAAGUAGCAGAAGUGUCAAUUGGCCACGCUUUAAUUUGUGAUGCGCUUGAAAUGGGGCUGUCCGCCAGUGUAACGGCCUAUGUCAAAGCACUCGCCUAA